CACCACCUGUAGAUAAACUUCAGAAAAAGAAGGCGUCCAAGGUCAUUUUAAUUUAUAACAAUAACGAAAUUUCACCGGAGGAACAACGUGCACUAUUAGAUAAACACAGAGCAUCAUUUUAAAUUCUCUGGUAAGAAAAAAAAGUUUGAACAAAAAAAUAAAAAAAAAAAAAAAAAAGAAGUUUGGUUGUGUUGUAUAAAUAGAUAACUCUUUUUAAUAUGUGUGACCAAUUUUUUUUUUUUUUUUUACCCCUUGUUUGUCACGUUUAUAUUCUGGCAAUAAAAAAAAAAAAAAAAAAAAAGUUUUUAUUAUUUCACUUUUCUUCUCUCAUUUCACAUAAUCAUUUUAUUUUCCAUGACACCACCCGAAGUGACUCAUCAACAACGCGCCAUGUCCACACCUUUGACAGAACCUAUAGAACGACAAGAAUGGUAUCAGCAAGUGUAUAAGAAAUACGGCUAUGAACCUAAACAUAGAACGCCAUCCUAUUUUGGUCCUUAUUUACUCUUACACACUCUGGGAGAAGGAGAGUUUGCCAAAGUCAAAUCCGGUGUUCAUGUCCAAACCAAUCAAGAGGUGGCGAUUAAAUUAAUGAGAAAGGAUCAUAUUCGACACGCUUCACUAGAGACUAAACUAGAACGAGAGAUAUCUGUAUUAAAGUCGGUCCGUCAUCCUUAUAUCGUAAAGUUAUUUGAAGUAUUAACAAUUAAAAAUUACAUUGGAAUUGUAUUACAACGUGCAGCAGGUGGAGAGCUGUUUGAUUAUAUAUUAAAGCAUCACUAUUUGCAAGAAGUGGAGGCCAAGCGAUUAUUCGCACAGUUAAUCAGUGGAGUGCAUUACAUGCAUCAAAAACAUAUUGUGCAUCGAGAUCUCAAGCUAGAAAAUCUGUUACUCAGUAAGGACCGUGAUAUUAUUAUUACGGAUUUCGGGUUCGCCAACCGAUUUAGUGUUGCGCAAGAAGAUUUGAUGGCUACAUCGUGUGGCUCACCUUGUUACGCUGCACCGGAAUUAGUCAUUAACGAUGAAAAUAACUAUGUGGGUACAGCUGUAGAUAUUUGGUCAUGUGGAGUCAUCUUAUUUGCUAUGUUGUGUGGUUAUUUACCGUUUGAUGAUGAUCCAAGUAACCCUCAGGGUGCCAAUAUUAAUGUGUUGUACAAAUAUAUCCUCAGUACUCCACUUGAAAUACCGAAACAUGCCAGUGAACACGCCACCGACCUCUUACGUCUUAUGUUGGUGCCUGACCCAACCAAAAGAUGCACCGUAGAUCAAAUCAGAGCACAUCCUUGGUUGUCUGACCAUAGAGACCUUUUAGACGAAGAUUGGCUUUUACUAGAAGAACCACACAUGACCUUGGACGCUCGGCCCGUCGUCACUCAGAAAGACACUAUCAUACCCUUACACGCACGGAUACCGGAAUCUCGGGAUCACCAACCGUCCCCUUCUCCUUCUUUCUUGCAAGCCAAAUUCAUCUCAACCCUAAAUCAGUCAUCUCCAUCUCCACCAAUACCACAAAGUGUGCCAUUCAACAAAAUACCCAAUCGUUCUCAAAGUGUACAGCAGCCAUCAUCAUCCAAUAGAGAAAGAACUACCAGUGAAAAUUACCGUUAUUCGCCUCCUUUACCUGUACAUAUCCUGCCUUCUGUAUCCGAACGUGUGGACCCACAACAACAGGUCGUCAAGACAAGUCGACAGAAACUCAUGGAUUGGUUUAAUAAACGUCGACCUUCCAUUUCACAAAGCACCAUGUUUAACAAGUCAAACCGUGCUGGCGGUGGAAUGCCAGACAGACCGGCCAGCGCAGUUCCAACCGUCACAAUACCCACCACGAAUCCUGUGCGAGCCAUGUCGAUCGGUAAGCCACUGGGUUCGUAUGCAGCUGAUUUCAACGACUCAAAACUCCGAUUACACCGAGGCGCUGUAGAUCAAGAUGCGCUCACUAGUAAAGCACCCAAUGAGGUGCUAUUGACGAUCAAGGAAUCGUUACAAUCCAUGGGUAUUGAGAUGAAGAGGACGAACGAUUUCAAAUUAAAAUGUAUACGACCGAUGCGAAAACGAGCUCCUGUCACCACCAAGAGAACACGAAAGAUCAGUGCAGUACCUUUUAAAUUAUUUUUUACCUCAUCCACCAUACCCACAUCCACAACGACAAAAGAAUCGACGGUGGUCGUCGAAAGAGAGGUUAUAUAUGGAGAACAGGGGAUUGAUAAUGGAGAGGAAGUGCAAUUUAGUGUUGAAUUAUCUAAAAUUGAAAAUUUGCCUGGAUUAUAUGUGGUAGAUAUCAAGCGUACGCGAGGUAAUAUUUGGGCAUUCAAAUUCCUAUAUCAUACCUUAUUGGAUCGCUUGAAUUUAAGUGGACAUGCUGCUGGAGGUUAUAUGGCCCAUCGGAAGAUUCAGCAGGAUAUGAUUGGUCAGGAACCACACAAGAAUAGAAUCAGUUACAUGACAACCAGUAGUAGUGGAAGUAGUAUGAUGAUUUUUGAUGAAUCCACCUUACAUAAAUAAUUUAUAUAUACACACAUAUAUAUAUAAA